CUAGCAUUUAAAGGGCCCGGUCAGCUGACAGACGCCAGCCCACGUCUAACCCAGGGGGCUUGGUCUGGCUGCCCGGGGAGAGAUGAUGGCGGAUCGAGACGGACAAGUGCUCCUGGGCAGACCCGGGGACCCGCGGAUGCCGGGGUUCUGGGGAGGCUGUAGAGUUCAGGUAUUGGCCACGAUCAUCUUCCUGCUGCUUUUGUCUCUGGCAGAAUCUGGCGCUAGGGCAAAGAAUGACUUCAGCCUGGUUCAGCCGCUGGUGACCAUGGAGCAGCUGCUGUGGGUAAGCGGGAGGCAGAUCGGUUCUGUGCACACCUUCCGAAUUCCGCUCAUCACAACCACUCCUCAGGGCACUCUCCUUGCCUUUGCUGAGGCCAGAAAAAUGUCCACAUCGGAUGAGGGGGCCAAGUUCAUUGCUCUUCGUAGGUCCUUGGACCAAGGCAGCACAUGGUCUCCUACAGCCUUCAUUGUAGAUGAUGGGGACACCCCGGAUGGGCUGAACCUGGGGGCAGUGGUGAACGAUAUGGAGACAGGAGUGGUGUUUCUUUUCUAUUCCCUCUGUGCUCACAAGGCUGGCUGCCAGGUGGCCUCCACUAUGUUGGUGUGGAGCAAAGAUGAUGGUGUUUCCUGGAGCCCUCCCCGGAACCUCUCCUUGGAUAUUGGCACCGAGAUGUUUGCCCCCGGACCAGGCUCAGGCAUUCAGAAACAGCGGGAGCCUCAGAAGGGCCGCCUCAUCGUGUGUGGCCAUGGGACACUGGAGCGGGAUGGGGUCUUCUGCCUCCUCAGUGAUGAUCACGGUGCCACCUGGCGCUAUGGCAGUGGGGUCAGCGGCAUCCCCUAUGGCCAGCCCAAGCUGGAAAACGAUUUCAACCCUGAUGAGUGCCAGCCCUAUGAGCUCCCAGAUGGCUCAGUCGUCAUCAACGCCCGGAACCAGAACAACUACCACUGCCAUUGCCGAAUUGUCCUCCGCAGCUACGAUGCCUGUGAUACCAUACGGCCUCGCGAUGUGACCUUCGACCCUGAGCUUGUGGACCCUGUGGUAGCUGCAGGAGCUGUAGCCACCAGCUCCGGCAUUGUCUUCUUCUCCAAUCCAGCCCAUCCAGAGUUCCGAGUGAACCUGACCCUGCGUUGGAGUUUCAGCAAUGGUACAUCAUGGCGGAAAGAGACAGUCCAGCUGUGGCCAGGCCCCAGUGGCUACUCCUCACUGGCAGCCCUGGAGGGCAACGUAGGCGGGAAGGACCAGGCCCCCCAGCUCUACGUCCUGUAUGAGAAAGGCCGGAAUCAGUACACCGAGAGUAUCUCCCUGGCCAAAGUCAGCGUGUAUGGGACACUCUGAGCUGUACACCUGCCACCAGAGUAGAAGGCCCUGGACUCAGCCUUCAGAACCAUGGGCCCGUAGCGGGUCUGCUAGAGGUGCCUAAAAGACAGUUCCACCUGCCUGUAGACUGUAGCCUUUUGCAAAAUCGAUUUCUCUUUGACAGGGAAGUCACUCUUUUAGGACUACAAGCCUGGCUUGUUCCAUACAGGGUGUCCUGCCCUCACUUAGGAGCACAUCCCUUCCACAUCAUUGCUGGCUCUGGCCCCCUACCCCCUUUUGCCUUCCUAGGGCAGUGAUUGGUCCUUUUUUUAGGCGGGGUUAGGUAGGCCUGUGGAAUUGAAUAUAUUUGGACUCAGGGAAUUGGGGAAGGCUGAGCUUCCUCUUUAGGGUAAGAUACUGGCUAUGGAGCAGGUUGGUGAAAGUACUGUAAAUGCAAUAUUUGGAUUCAGGGUAAAGAACUAGGUGCGCCACCCACCUAGACUAUUUAUAAAUUGAACUAUUUGUAAACUUAACGUUUUUAAUGAAGGAGAGUGAGCACUUGUAAUGUCUCUGUGGUUCUGUCCAUGCAGAUGCGUGUUCUUCACGUACACUUGUAAGAGGCUGGGAAUGAGCUCUGUGGAAGAAGCUGCUGUUGCCCAUGAAAGUCGCAGCACUUUGGCGGUUAAAUCCUCUUUUCCCUUUCACAUCUUCCUCAUCACAGAAAAACAGAUUCAUCUUCAUAGGUGUCAUGAGGAGUAGCAGGGGGAGCCCCAUGAGAUAUUAAGCAAUCUGCUCUGUUUUAUAUCUGAGAUGGAGUGGGAUACUGUCUUCCAUCAAGCCAGGGGCAGGUGUGUGAAAUGCAGAUGGAAAGCCUUUCCCAGGCCAGCCCAGCCCAGCAGAGAAAUAAGCAUUGUGACAAUUUACCUGAGAAAAUAGCACCAUCCUAAGGCAGAUGCUAUUGAACACAUGAGUGGAAGAGCCAUGCCUUUACUCCAUGUGGAAAGAAAAUACAAUGCCUACAUAAGCUUUGGUGGUCUGAAUCUCAAAGACUCAGGGGGCGCUGGGUGGGUCAAUUCGUUAAGCAUCCUGACUCUUGGUUUCAGCUCAGGUCAUGAUCUCACGGUUCAUGAGUUCAAGCCCCACAUUGGGCUCUGUGCUGACAAUGUGGAGCCUGCCUGGGAUUCUUCUCUCCUCUCUCUGUUUCCUUUCCUUUCCUGCUCAUGUUCUCUCUCUCUCUC